AUGUCAAUUCUAUUGAAUUCUAUUGAUUGUCCAUGUUUAACAAAUGAUUGUCUUCAUAUUCUAAAUGAACAUUAUUCAAUUCAAACGACAAAUGAUUUUGCUUUAUGGCUAAUAAAAUCUUCCGAUGAUCGAACUAAAUAUUUGUCAUCAACAAUAAUUCAAUGUAUACAAUCAUGUAUGAUAGCACAUACAGCAAAUAUUCAAUAUCGACAAAUAUCAAAUAGUAAUUCUUAUAAAUUAGACUAUUCAUUAUUCGAUAAUGAAACAAUAUUAAACGCACAACGUCAUUUAAUAUUCAUUUAUGAGUAUUUCAAUCAAAAUCAAUGGAAUCAAUUUUUUAAUAUGUUUUUACUUCGCUUAUUUCUUGGAAAUGAAUCCAUUAAAAUAAAUUAUAUAAAUACAAACAUAAGUUUAUUUGAUUUAAAUUCUUUUUAUCAUGAUUAUUGCUGUUUAAGCGAUAAAAUAUUUUUACAUCGAAAUGAUCUAUUUGAAAAAUACUUUUUUUUUAAUCAAUGCUUUCAUCUCGAAGCAUUUGAGAAUCAAUUAGACUUUAUUGAAAAUAAUCAAGAUUCAUUUCAAAUAUUAAUUAUUGAUGAUUUUUUCUCAUUAAUCAAACCUUACUUAGGUCUCGAUAGACGUAUAAAAGGAAAAAUCCUUCAGUUAACAUAUCGAUUAAAUCGUCUUGCGCAAAAACAGUCGAUAUUAAUUAUCAAUGGAAUUAUUUUAAAUACAAAGAAACGAACGAGAAAUUUUCCUAUCACAGAUGAUACACGUUUUGAUUCAUUUCAUGCUGACCAAUUGAUUCUAUUGCAAUCAUUAACAAACAUAGAAAAUGAAAUUUAUCUUAAAAAUCUCAAUAAGAAAAGUCAAGAUAAACAUUUAAUCAUAUCGAAAUUCGAUCUUGACGAUUGGAUGAAAAUCAGUAAUGUUCGAAAAUCUCUGGUUACUGAUUGA